AUGUGCUACCAAGUUGUCGAACGCUACUCGGUUUGCCGGUGUCUCUACUACAAGCACGCCAUCGACCCGUGUGCUGCCCACGGACAGCGCGGCCAUAUUGUCCAAGAGAAGACGGUCCUCGUCGGCUACGCAUGCGCAAGCCACAGCAGCCACCGACCCGAAGCUGUGUUCGAUCUACAGAAUGCUGGCGUGCUCCCAGAUUCUGGGUACGCCAGCGGGACAUACCCCUCAGCUCGACGAUAA